UUCCUUCUUCCGUUUACAGCUGCGGAGAAAAAAAGUGAGCUGCAAAAUGGAGGGCCAUGACACUAAGGAGCCGGAGCAGUUACGAAAACUUUUUAUCGGUGGCCUGAGUUUUGAAACUACAGAUGAGAGUUUGAGGGCCCACUUUGAGCAAUGGGGAAAGCUCACCGACUGUGUGGUGAUGCGAGACCCGGCGAACAAGCGCUCGCGGGGGUUCGGUUUCGUGACGUACUCCUGCGUGGAGGAGGUGGACGCCGCCAUGGCGGCUCGCCCGCACAAGGUGGAUGGGCGUGUCGUGGAGCCCAAACGGGCCGUUUCCCGAGAGGACUCCUCCAAACCCGGUGCUCACCUGACAGUGAAGAAGAUCUUUGUGGGAGGGAUCAAGGAGGAUACUGAGGAGUACCACCUGAGGGAGUACUUUGAGACCUACGGGAAGAUAGAGAGCAUCGAGGUGAUGGAGGAACGCCAGACCGGCAAGAAGAGGGGGUUUUGCUUUGUCACUUUUGACGACCACGACACGGUGGAUAAAAUCGUUGCUCAGAAAUACCACACAAUAAACUCCCAUAACUGCGAGGUCAGGAAGGCACUGUCAAAACAGGAAAUGCAGGCAGCAUCCAAUCAGAGGAACAGGGGUGGAGGCUCAGGAAACUUCAUGGGCAGAGGAGGCAAUUUUGGUGGUGGAAACUUUGGCCGUGGAGGCAACUUUUCGGGUAGGGGAGGGUAUGGGGGCGGCCGAGGAGGUUAUGGUGAUGGUGGUGGCUACAAUGGGUUCGGUGGAGAUGGAGGAAACUACGGAGGGGGACCUGGCUAUGGGGGAGGCCGUGGGGGGUACGGGGGUGGAGGUGGCCCAGGGUACGGAAACCAGGGAGGAGGGUUCGGAGGAUACGAUAAUUACAACGAUGGAGGCAACUUCGGAGGGAACUUUGGUGGCAGUGGUGGAAACUACAAUGACUUUGGAAACUAUGGUGGACAGCAGUCCAGCUAUGGCCCCAUGAAGGGAAACAGCUUUGGCGGAAGGAAUUCGGGUGGACCGUACGGUGGUGGCUAUGGCUCUGGCGGAAGCGGGGGCGGCUACGGCAGUCGGCGAUACUAAUUUUUAUUUUUAGACGUGCAUACGGCUACAGUUCUUAAGCAGGCCAGGAGGUGAGCUGAGGGAUGGUCAGGAAAGCUGCAGGUUACUUUGAGACAGUCCUCUGAGGGCGUUAGAGGAGCACGCGAGGAGCGAGGAGCCCUAGUCAGAAAAGUUUCCGCAGCUUAAACAGGAGGCCGUUCCCCUUGAUAAGGACUGUAUCCACUAGCCACAAGAGCACAAGAGUGUAGCUACUGACUGAAGAAACAGUGUCUGUUAGAUGUACAUUCCUGGGGUCUCAUAUGUAGAUUAUUUACCCCUAUUUUUAUCUUUUACUCUUUUUUUUGCAUCUAAAAGAAUUACCCUUGUAUAUUGUGUUAGUGGAAUCAGGAAUAAAAAUGAGGAACUCUUUUUAACUGAAAAUGUGUAGUCAGUUUUUGUAUGCAGUUUUAAGUUGUUUUUGAUUGUUUGUUGUUUUCCUCUGGAGAUUGUCAUUAGGUUUGCAUGGCUACCCGUCUUUCUUUCUGUUUCUAAGAACUGAAAUCGAGUUCAGCAGAAACCAGUAAGAAACAGAUGGCCAGAAGAUGAGUGGAAAGUUGUCAGUUUAUUUUAUCAAAUAACAAGGUAUUUAGUGAUUCAUUGUGUUUCAGUAUCAAGUGACCCCUAAUUUGUAUUAAGUGUUAUGUGUGCUCAUUUUGAUUAGUGUAACACCUGAGUGAAAGCGGUCUGAAAGGCGUAAGGGCAUGUAAUUCCACACAUGUAUAAAUAGAAUUAUAGACUGUUAAAUAUUUUGAGACGUGAAAAUCAGAUUUAAUAAAGUUGUCUAGUAAAUUCCUUGCUGAAGUAUAGUGCGUCAUUGGUCGGGGAGGAGUCGCAAGAUGUUGUCACUCUGUUCCUGUCAUCGUUACCAAAUAUAGCCGUCAAAUAUCACCGGAAGCUUUUUUUUUACUUUUGUUUUUCCGGUGCCUUUUUUUUUUUCUUUGAAAGAAUUUAUUUCUUGGCUUGAUGACAAAGAGCUUCUGCUAGGUCUAAGGCGGAAACCUAGUAACGGCAAACCUAGCAACGGAAGUCUUGCACAUGCAGGAUUACUAAAGACUUAGACAAGGUAGGCCCAUGCGGCAGGACCUUGCCUCCCCCCCCCAGCACAGUGGAUCCAGUCAGCAUGUUGUUACAAGACAGGAGGCAGCGUGGAGGGCCACACCCACCGGGAGGAGAGUGUGCGGUUUCUGUGCGGGGUAGUGAGCGUCCUCAAGGCUAGCUGUACCUUCCGGGAAAACAGCUGACGCUAGCGAAGAAAGACUAGCAAGAGCUCCCGGACGUAUCGGAGACCCGUUGAAUCAUAGCUUCCAGAGUUGGGCAGAAAAAUGCGCAAUAGGUCUAGUGUCAGACCUGAAAGAGGAAGGGGGAGUGAGUACAAGGCUUUAAUACCUUUCAAACAGUACGUGAAGUAAAGAAGAAGGAAUGGUAACAUAGAGCCAGGUAAGAGUAAUCCCUUUGCUUGAUUUACAGAUGGGAAAAGAAGCUGUCUUCUUAACGGCUGAAAAUCUAUUUUGACACGUAAAGAUCGAAGGUUCUGGAUGGGUAAGGCUUGUCCCCCCCCC